AUGCACAUCCCACUGCCGCGGCUCGUCGCUGCUACUGCAGCCGGUGCAGAGCAGGAGACUCGCAGCAUUCCCUCCAUCACACGCAGGCGGAAUGGCUUGAGAUCAGACAUCGUGGACUCGUCUCGUUCGGCUCACGCACUAUGAUUUUCUGACUGUCUGAGUAUGCGUGCGUGCGUGCGUGUGUGUGUGUGUGUGUGUGUGUGCGUGCGUGCGUGCGUGUCAGCCCGCCUUGCCGCGAAUUGCUGCAGUGCUGUUUUCCAGGUGUGCGAGUGUGUGUGUGUGAGAGUGUGUAAGCGUGUGUGCGUGUAAGAGUGUGUGCAUGGUGUUGUAGCCUGGUGUAAUUCUCUUACGAAUUGUACUAAGCCGGGGAACGGAGUCUGAUGUCACAUGUGCUUCAUCGGAGGAGACGGGGCAUCUGCAAGCUGGAUUUUGUGGAGGAUGCUGCGGCAAGUGAUACACAGAGGGCUCAAGGCUUCGUUCUACUGGCUGGGCUUAUUCGUUAGCAGACAUCCCGUUUUCUUCCUCACCGUCCCUGCGGUGCUCACCAUCAUUUUCGGAUCUACAGUGCUGAGCCGAUUCAAGCCGGAGACGGACCUGGAGGUACUGGUCGCCCCGACUCACAGCCUCGCCAAGAUCGAGCGGAGUCUCGCUAACAGCUUGUUUCAAAUCGACCAGUCAAAGCACAAGCUGUACUCGGAUUUGCACACCCCGGGCAGAUAUGGCAGGCUGAUCCUGCUCGCCAAGUCCGGGGGGAACAUCCUGGAGCUGGCCGAUCAGGUCCUGCAGGUCCACAAGCAGGUGUUGGAUUUGCGCGUCAAUUACAAGGGAUUCAAUUUCACGUUCGCGCACCUCUGCGUCUUGAGCCACAGGGACAAGCGCUGCCUACUGGAUGAUAUCAUCACCAUCUUCGAAGACAUCAGGCUAGCUGUGCUUUCCAACAGCACUUUCCACAAGGUGCCCAUUAGUUAUCCGAACACAACAUUAAAGGAUGGCCGUGUGGCCUUCAUCGGGCACCAGCUGGGCGGUGUGUCCUUCUCACCCAACAGCCGUGACCAGCAGGUCAAGUUUGCUCGUGCUGUCCAAAUCACAUACUACCUCCGAAAUCACGGACCCGUGGUGCAGGAUGCUAUUGCAGAGCGCUGGGAGAAUGAGUUCUGUGCCCUGGCCAGUCGACUGUCCACAGCCGAGGUCCCCCAUGCACCAGACCAGCUCCACAUCCAGUCACUCACAUCCUUCAGUCUGUGGCGGGACUUCCACCAGACGGGCCUGCUGGCCAAGGGUGAGGUGUUGGUCAGUCUGGUGCUGGUGCUCCUGGCCGCCACCAUCUCCAGCUCUAUGCGGGACUGCCUAAGGGGGAAACCUUUCCUGGGACUCCUGGGUGUGCUGACCAUCUGCAUUGCCAAUGUGACGGCUGCAGGGAUCUUCUUCAUAUCAGAUGGGAAGUUCAACUCUACACUACUGGGGAUACCAUUCUUUGCAAUGG